CCGCUCCACCGUAUAAAGCGGCCUCUUUCCCCAACCCCGCGUUACCGCCGUCUCCCCCUCGCCGCCGACCAAACGCACCCCAACGAGCUCCCGCGCGGGUUCAUGUCCAUCUCCCCUACCGAAUCCACCAGAGGAUCCCACCCGCUCGCGCCGCGCUCUUCCAAUCCUAGCCCUCGUCAUGGCACCGCCCCUCGCCGCGGCCGUCGCUCCUCCCCUCGGGUCUCCGUCUCGCCGCCCUCCGCCGCCGCGCUCGGUACCGGUAGUGGCUCAAGCUCCGACUCAGUUGGUUCAGUUAUUGGACAAUCUAUUGAUCCUUCCCAAAAGGUAGUUGGAUUUAGAAUAUCUGGUGAAGAGAAUGAUCCAUGUACCCAAGAGGAUGACAAUGUUUCGGAAUGCCAGUCUUCUGGACAGGGAAGUUCGGGUCGACUUGAGUUGGUGGGCUCUCACCAUAAUUCUAAUGAACUUCAGGGUAAUGGAGCUCUGAUGGCCUCUAGAAAGAAUCAAGCUGUGAAUGCCAAUUAUCUUCUGAAUUUCCAGUAUGAUCCUAUUUCUCGACCACAGCCUCGUGGCCCUAGAAUAUAUCCCUCGAGAAGGCAAAGGAAGAUUAAACCUUACAACAAGGACUUGUUCCUACAAGCAAAUUUCAAGUUUGUUGUGUUGGAUACUGGAAAUUGUCAAAUUGAUUCAAUGGAUCCUGAUAAGAUGCUCCAGUGGGAAGACAUAAUCUGUGUAAGAUACUGUAGCCCUUCUGAGGUGCGAUGUCCCAUUUGCUUGGAAAGCCCAUUGUGCCCGCAGAUUACAUCAUGUGGUCAUAUAUAUUGCUUUCCAUGCAUUUUGCGUUAUUUAUUAAUGGGUAAAGAGGAUUACAGAGGUGAAUGCUGGAAGAAGUGUCCACUGUGUUUCAUGAUGAUAUCAGUGAAGGAGUUGAAUACCAUCUUUGUUACUCAACUUCAGCAUUUCCAUAUUGGUGACAGUGCGACCUUCACUCUUCUGGGGCGGUCAAAAAAUUCACUCACUCCUUUUAUUAGGAAUCUGUCUAGUGAAUAUUCUUCUCUAGAUGAAGAUCCCACUGAUGUUUUCUCCAAAUUUAUUUUGACAUCUGAUGUUGAGCUCACUGUUAGAGAGGCAAAAUCAGAUCUCAGUAAUUGGUUGCACAGGGCUGACCUAGGCCUUGUUGAUGACUUGGAGAAUCUUCCAUAUGUUUCUGCUGCUUUGGAGCAACUCGAAGAAAGGAUGAAAUACUGGUCUGAGUACAGAAACCAAAGUAGCAGCCCCCCUAUAAAGGAUAGCUUCUCAUCUGUGUCUAGUAGCAACACGAAGAACUUUGAUAGUCUGAAAACUUCGCGGCUGAACAGUGGGCAGAAGCUCUCCCCUGUUUCAGAUGGAGAUAUUAUCGCUGGUAUUUCAGGGCUUUCUGUUGCACCCCGAUCUAAUAUCACCAAUAAGGGAGUGCCACCCAAAAUGGAAGAGAGACGUGCUGCCACCAUUGAGUCGAAUGAACAAGAUUCAUACACAUUUUACCAGGUGUUUGAUGGACAGCACCUAAUUCUUCAUCCGCUGAACAUGAAAUGCCUUCUAAACCAUUUUGGGUGCUCUGCUAUGCUUCCACCAAGAGUGACUGGAAAAAUCUUGGAGUUGGAAACUAUAACACAGUCUGAGGCUACAAGAAAACGAUAUCGCUUCUUAAGCCAUUUCUCAUUAACAACAACAUUCCAGUUCUGUGAAAUUGACCUGAGUGAUAUGCUACCUCCGAUCUCAUUGGCUCCAUUCAUGGAUGAAAUCAAAAAGCGCGAGAAACAGAGAAAGCAAACUGCCAAGAAGGAAGAAAGCGACAGGGUUAAGGCAGAAGUAGCUGCUGCUGUGCAGGCAUCUGCUAUGCGUUUUGAACAUACAAAUUUUUCUCAGAGUCACAACGAUGUUAUGUUCUCUCUGGAUGACUUUGAAGCUCUGGGAAAUAUUGCUGGACCAUCAACUAGUCCACCAGCCAAUGAAAGAAAACUUUUCUCGGAUGUUACGCGGCUUGGUUUUGCGUCUGCACAAGAUUCGCCUCCUCUAAGAGCUGAAACUGGGGACACGGCUGGCAAAAAUGAAAGCGCAAGGGACCAAGGGCCGGCAGCAACGUCCUCCUUGUCCUUUGCCAGCAUCCUAUCCUCUGCCGGAGCUGCCGGAGCUGCUGGAGCUGCUGCUGACAACAGCAUGGAGAUGCCUAAGCCAAAUGCAGUCGGGAAGAAAGGCAAGAAGCCCACAAGGGUUCUCUUGUCGACUGGCGGUGGCCGCCGAUACUAGAGGAAAAGACUACACUGGAAACAUUUGGUUGUUUCCGUUGUAUAGUACGAGCUGGAUUGUUCCUAAUGCGUGAGGUGAGCAUGGCAGCAAACAGUGUUAUACUGAUGCGAGAUGGCAGAAGCCCGAUAUGGAUGGGAAAUAGUAAGUUGUACCAGCAGAAUGGAGCAUGUAAUCAUAAAUAUGAGAAUGCUUACAUCUCUAUAGUUUUACAGCUUU